AUGGGCAAGCACAAGGAGAAGAAGGAGAAGAAAAAGUCCUCCAAGAAGCACAAGAAGGAGAAGAGGCAUCGCCACGAUUCAAGUGGGGACGAAAGUGGCGAAGGCGAAGUCGUCUGGGCUGAGGCCGGAGCUGAAGUUCCAUCAACAUCAACAACAGGUUCUAAAUCUGCCGACAUCAAGCCACCAGAAAAGCAAACCACUUCAGCUAAAGUCAGCAAAGAUGAAAGCGAUGAUGAAGUUGAAGAGGAGGAGGUAGGUGGUGGUGAAAACGACUGGCUUGGCUUCAUCGAGACAAAGUCGAAGGGCAACGUCAAACUGGCGCACCUGAAGCGGGACAUUCUGAAGCGCGAACAGGCGACGGCGGACAAUAAGGUUCGCUACGCUCGAGAGCUGAACUCCUACUUCCGAGAUGACACCACAAAGAAGUUCAUCGAGGACCCGGAAGCCUACUGGCAGGCGAAAGCAUCAAAGUCAUCGAAGGCGCUGGAGACGGACAGCGAAAGCGAUGGCGAAGAUGAUAAAGAGUACGCCAGCGACGAUGAUGAUGAAGAGGAUCGCAAACCAACCAAACCAGCUGCCAAAAAGCUCUCCGACAACGAGCGAAACGCCAUCAACGCCCAGCUCGCCAAGGCGGAGAUGCUCGGCAAGCGAGAGCUGGUCGCCGAGCUGAAGGCCAAACUAAAGGAGUCCGCUGAGGCCCCGGAAGAUUCGGCCCACGAAGAGGAAGUCCACUACACCAAACGAAAGGCCAAGCCGACCGUCGCCGAGGAGGAGGCGAUGACGGUGAAGGAGAUGUACCUCAGCACGAAGAGCAGCAUCAGCUCGCGCGGUGAGGCCGCCCGCUUCGUCGCCAGCAGCAGCAAACUGCGCCCGAAGUACGACGACGAGUACGAGGAGGUGAAGGGGAAGGGGAAGAAGAAGCUCAAGGUCCACCACGAUCAGUUUGAGCGAAUGCAAAGCAAAAACUCCUCCUCCUCCUCCGAGCCCUGCCAGGACUGCCUGGAAAGGCUGGGCAAGCACCUGGCGCUUCGAUUUGCGCCUGAAAAUCUAAGGCAUCUUUUUGUGGCCUUCACCCCCACCGAGCCCUUCACGCCCAACUACUGCCAAAUUCGAUCUCGCUCCCACUCCACGGCCAACAACAGCGUCGAGGCGGACGAUGAGGAUCUGUGGCGCGAGCUCCGCCAGGUGAUGCGCCAGCUGACGGCCUUCUUUGACCGCCACCUCGGCUGCGCCACGCUCUUCAUGGAGACGCACUUUGUGGCGGCGAAGCGGGCACAGAACGCCUCCCGGCGCCACCUGGUCAUCGAGGUGGUGCCCCUCAAGAAGAAGUACGAGGCCGAUGCGAGGAUUUACUUUAACAAAGCCAUCCUCGAGACGGGCGAAGAGUGGGCGACGAAUCGGAAGCUGAUCAAGCUGGAGGGCCGGCCCGUGACCAAAGUGAUUCCCCGCGGCCUGGGCUACUUUUGGGUCGCCUUUGGGGGUGACUUUCAGGGUGGCUUUGCGCACGUCAUCGAGGAUGAGGACUACUUUAGUCGGGACUUUGGAAAGGAGGUAAUCGGCGGCCUGCGAGACAUUGAGCCCUCGCGGUGGAAGCGCCCCCGACACGAGGACUACGACCGGCAGAUGCGCCGCGUCGCCGAGGUGAAGGAGAAGUGGAGCGAGUUUAUGCAGGAGCACAGUUGA